UCCACGAGAGAGGAGGCAGGCGAGGCGGCGGGUCUGUGCGCGGUCCGGGCGGGCGAGGGGCCGAGGACGAAGCGAAGGCAGGGUGGGCCCGGGCUGCGGCCUCUCCGCUCCGGCCGCUCUCCCUCCCCGGCCCGCCGCGUUUGUUUGGAUUUAACCUUCAGGUUGCCGGCGCCCGCCCGCCCGCCGGCCUCGCGGGGUGAGCGGGAAGCACCCGUGCGUGUGGGUGGCGCCUGCUGGGGCCGGACACCCGCCCGCCCGCCCGUCCGCGCCGCUUCUUCCGCGGCAGCCGCGUCCCUGAACCGCGGGGUCGUGUUUGUGUUUGAGCCGAGGGCACCGACGGCGGGGCGCGCGGCCCAGGCCAGUGCCGGCGGGGCGGACGGGCGCCGCGGAGGCAGAGGGAGCCGGAGUCCCCCCCCUGGGCGGCCGGGCGCGGCCAUGGAACUGGGCCCGGAGCCCCCGCACCGCCGCCGCCUGCUCUUCGCCUGCAGCCCCCCUCCCGGGCCGCCGCCCGUCGUGAAGGCGCUUUUCAGCGGCGAGCCGGCCGCCGGGGGCCUGUCGCCUGUCACCAACCUGACGACCACCAUGGGCCAGCUGCAGGGCCUGGGCAGUGUUGGCGAGCAGCCGCCGGAGGCCAAGAACGGCAGUCUGCAGAGAAUGGGCUCCUCCGAGUCCACAGAUUCAGGCUUCUGUCUGGAUUCUCCUGGGCCCUUGGACAGUAAAGAAAACCUUGAAAAUUCCAUGAGGAGAAUAAAUUCCCUGCCUCUGAAGUUUUUGGGAUGUAGUCCAGCUCUGAAGAGGAGCCAUUCGGAUUCUCUGGACCGCGGGGCCUUUCAGCUGAUGGACCCGGAGGAGAAUAAGGAAAACGAAGCCUUUGAGUUUAAGAAGCCAAUCAGACCCGCAUCUCGUGGCUGCCUGCGACGUGAGGAGGGUAACGAUCUCUUCACCCGGAGGCAGAGUUCUGCCCCAGCCCGGAUGCUUUCCUCCAACGAAAGAGAGAACAGCGAGCCAGGGACCUUCGUUCCUCUCUUUAUGCCCCAGUCCCCCGUGACUGCCACUCUGUCUGAUGAAGAUGAUGGCUUCAUGGACCUUCUUGAUGGAGAGAAUCUGAAGAAUGAUGAGGAGACCUCCUCCUGCAUGGCAAGUCUCUGGACAGCUCCCCUGGUCAUGAGAAGAACCACAAACGUGGGCAACCGGUGCAAGCUGUUCGACUCCCCUCCCACGGGCAGCCCUGCCCUGCGCUCCUUGCUGAAAAGACCAGACCCGUCCCGAGAGCUGUCCCCGCCCGGAAACACGAAGCGGAGGAAGAGCGUCCCCAGGGCCAGCCCCGGGCCGGCAGCCAGUCCAGAGAAGCCCCGGGAGGUUCUACAUCUGUCUCCCGCCUUGGCAUCUCCCCCAAAAGGGACCAUUGAGACUAUUUUGGAUAACGACCCAAGGGACCUCAUAGGAGACUUCUCCAAGGGCUAUCUCUUCCACACGGUCGCCGGGAAGCAUCAGGAUCUCAAGUACAUCUCUCCAGAAAUUAUGGCAUCUGUUUUGAAUGGCAAGUUUGCCAACCUCAUUAAAGAGUUUGUGAUCAUUGACUGCCGGUACCCAUAUGAAUAUGAGGGCGGCCACAUCAAGGGCGCCGUGAACCUGCACAUGGAGGACGAGGUGGAGGACUUCCUGCUCAAGAAGCCCAUCUCCCCCGCCGACGGCAAGCGCGUCAUCGUGGUGUUCCACUGCGAGUUCUCCUCCGAGCGGGGCCCGCGCAUGUGCCGCUACGUGAGAGAGAGAGAUCGGCUCAGCAACGAGUACCCCAAACUGCACUACCCUGAGCUGUACAUCCUGAAGGGCGGGUACAAGGAGUUCUUCCUGAAAUGCCAGUCUCACUGCGAGCCCCCCAGCUACCGGCCCAUGCACCACGAGGACUUUAAAGAAGACUUGAAGAAGUUCCGCACCAAGAGCCGGACCUGGGCCGGGGAGAAGAGCAAGAGGGAGAUGUACAGCCGCCUCAAGAAGCUCUGAGUGGCGGCCGGCGGAGAGCAGCGGCCGGCGCCUGCUCCAUCCCCUCCCCUCUUCACUGCAGAGAAACCAGCGAGGGCGGUUUGGAGAGAGGCCUGGGGCUUCCCUGUACGCCUUCCCUCCGCACCCCGAGGAGGGAGCCAGAGCGCCCUGCUGGCUGCACCUUCUCCGUCCCUGCUUCAGCACCGUCUCCCAGGCCGUCACCGUCCCAGUGCCGAGCACGUCAAGCCCAGCUCUGCCUCUGGGUCCCUCAGCUGGAGGAGCACUGGGCCUUCCUGGGCACUGGACCCCGCGUGAGGGGAGGGGAGGAGCGAGUGGAGAGAAGUAAGACCACGGAAGCGCUGCUGGCAAACUCCCAAGACAGCUGGGAAGGGAUAGGCCACGUCUUAAUUUAUUCAACCUCAUCAAUCACUUUAUUAUUACUUUUAACUCUGGAGACUUAUUUAACUGCUUCAAGUCACAAUACUGCCGUUUUAUCAUCCCAAGACUACCUCUGCUUUUAAUUAAGAAGGAAAAGGAGGGGGAAGAAGAGGCAGCCUGCGUGCGGACAGAACUCGCUCUGUCACCCAGGAGGCACUGCGGUCCUGGCUGCUGCUAUUGAAAGCCAAAGACAGACACGGUGGGAGCGGGCACUGGACUCGGCCUUGGCGACGGGGCGUAAGCUAACCCGCCGGACCUACCUCGAGGGCACAGAUCCACUUGGGGUGGCCCUGCCCUUGCCCCCGUUCCCGGGACGGUGCCUGGUCUGGGAGUCAAUCGGGAAAGCACUUCAGGCAGCCUCCGCUGGCACCCCUGGUUCGUGGGGAACAUGGUAGCGAGAGUACCCCAAAGUGGGGGCAGGGGUGGGGGGGCUCUGGGACGGGGGAGUGUGUACUGAGUGUCUUCCUUCUGGCACUCUGGUAGCUUUGGACUUUAAGAAGAGUCAUUUUAUGAGUCAAGGAGUAUCAAAUCAGUGUUAGCGCGCCCCCGAGGGUGGCAGCGGGCUGGGAGCCCUGGCAUUGAGGGCGUGGGUGCUGGCGUGCGAUGACUGGAAUGUUUCUCGGGCGGUAUGGUGGGUUGGAAGGUAAAACUCCGAGUUUAUCAUGUUUUCCCUGAGGGGCAGGGAGUGAUGGGCCACGUUGCCAGCUGCCUCCUCAUCCAGCCCCACGGAAUGGGGGUCUCCAAGGAACAUGCCGUCCUGGGAGCUGGGCCGACGAGACCGAUUCUGGACAGGCCCCGUUCGGCUCCUCUGGUCCCCACCCUCAGACACCAGCCCCUCACCACCUCUGCUCCCUUGGGGUGCAGCCAAGUUUCUUCUGCACGAGUCAGCCCCCCUCUUGCCUCGGCUGCCUGUUGGGGUGGGAGGGAACCAGUGAUGCUGGGAUGGCUGGUGUGUUCAUGGGUUUGAGUUGCAUUUGACUAUAAAACAAUCUUGUUAGAAAAGUAUGUAUGUGGGGAGCAGGAGGGGACCUCCACUCGGUCUCUGAUCUUGUUCGUGGGGAUUCUGUUGGUUGAAUGCCUGGGAGGAGGUGGUGGCCUCCGGGUUGUACGGCGUGGCUAGCUCCGCUGACCAGCCAUCGCAGGCUCUGAAGUAAACCAGUCUUGAACCACG